GGUGAAGGAUGUGGCAAGAUCAUUCAGCGCUUCCCCAAAAAGGACUGGGAUGGCACGGCAUUUCCCCAGGGUGUGGAGAUGUUCUGCCAGCCUGGUGGAUGGAGACUGUCCCGUGAGAGGAAGCUCCCGACAUUCUUCACAGUGGUGCUGACAGACAUAGACUCAGAACGACACUUCUGCUCCUGUCUGACCUUCUUUGAGGCAGAGGUCAACCUGCAGGGCUCAAAGACGCUGGAGGCAGAUGGGGAUGGAGCUGAGGAUGUGGACGACGAAGAGGAGGAGGAUGGUUUGAUCCAGCCAGCUCAAAUCUUUGCACCCAAAAGUUUGAUUCUCGUCUCCAGGCUGGAUUACCCAGAAAUAUUUAGAGGCUGCUUGGGUCUGAUCUACACCGUGUACAUUGACAGUCUGAGCGUCCCUAUGGAAGGGCUGGUGGCAAACCUCUUCACAUGCUUGAUCCCAGUGGCUGGAGGUUCCCAG